GCAGGAGGCGGUCCGGGGGCUGCCUCGCUUCUGUCGGUUGUUUUUCGCUUGCUGCCUCCGCGCUUUAAAUAGCCAGGACGCGACGCCGCGUGAGGAGCCUCUUCUCUCCGCCUAGCUCGGGGGAUUAACCACGCCGCAUCGCAGCAUCGACGGCCGAGCGCCAGCAAGGGCCCACGAUGUCCAGUGAAGUGCAGAGACCGGACGACAGCCCCAGCACCAGCGGGGGAAGCUCUGACAUUGAACAGCGGGAGUCGGUACCGCCGGAACAGGAGCGCGAGCAAGCACAGCCCAAAAAGAAGGAGACCAAAAUCUCGAGUAAAACCGCUGCUAAACUCUCAACUAGUGCUAAAAGGAUUCAAAAGGAGCUCGCUGAAAUUACAUUAGACCCCCCUCCAAACUGCAGCGCGGGCCCCAAAGGAGACAACAUCUACGAGUGGAGGUCCACCAUCUUAGGACCACCUGGCUCCGUGUACGAGGGAGGCGUCUUCUUCCUGGACAUCGCCUUCACGCCCGACUACCCCUUCAAACCUCCCAAGGUGACGUUCCGCACGAGGAUCUAUCACUGCAACAUCAACAGCCAGGGCGUGAUCUGCCUGGACAUCCUGAAGGACAACUGGAGCCCCGCCCUCACCAUCUCCAAGGUGCUGCUGUCCAUCUGCUCCCUGCUCACAGACUGCAACCCAGCCGACCCCCUGGUGGGCAGCAUCGCCACACAGUACCUGACCAACAGAACCGAGCAUGACAGGAUAGCCAAGCAGUGGACCAAGAGAUACGCCACAUAGACCACGCCCCCUCUUUGUCGUGAGCCACGCCAUCCUUUACAUGCGUUCUCCUCCCUUCACCGUACCGCUCUCUACCUCUUUCUCGCCCUCCUUCUGUCGAAGCACACUCACUAAGUGCAUCAGAACACCUGAAGCCCUCCUCCUCCUCUUCUUUACCCGCUCUUCUUCCUUCUCCACAUUUUAUCCAACUUUUGUGUGUUCGGGGAAAAAAAAAAAAAAAAAAAAGUUAAUAAUAAACAACACAAAAAUGUCCUUUUUUUCUGUUCCUUGUUGACUUGAAAGCUUCUUUUUUAUACAAAUAGUAGAUUGGGAUUUUGAAUUUCCAAUAUGUGAAUGUUGGAAGCCAUUGUAUUGGAACACACACACACACACACUAUGUAUUCUCAUUUUCUGUGUGGCAUCUAGAACAAACAUGCAUACUGUAUGCUUUUACUUUCUUCGUUUUUUUGUCCUCUGAGUACGUUACCCGCAUGGAUCAGGAAGGUUUGCGUGGAUGGAAUCUCCGUGCUUUUUAACUUCCUCUCGUUUUGUUUGUACUGUAUGUAUUUUUUCAACAGCUUUUGAGGCAGACCACCAACUAAAAGCAGAGGUCUGCCUGUGAAAGAGGCAGGACUUGUAUAUUUACUGGCUACCCGCCACCCCUGCUCUUUGCAGAGUGGUUUGUUGUGCACUUGUAUUACUGAAACACCCAAUAAAACACACUGUGGUUGGCUUGUGA